CUACGGUUGCAUGCAAGAUUACUAUGGCAAUAAAUGAUCAAACAUUUACGAAACUAUUAUUUAAGUCGAGUUUUUCAUAACCUAUUGAAUUAUUUUAAAGUUAUGUAAAAAUGAGUGAGGAAUUCGGGAAAUCGGGUCUUUAUAUCGAUGAUUUGUACUCUCUUCGAGUGAUUGAUCCUGAAGUAGCCAGCGAAACUAACGAACUGAAAGAUGAAUGUGAGCAGUUCACCGAUAGAUUAACUGAAUUCCGGCGAAUAAUAGAGCAGUUCACCAGCAUUGUGGAGAGUUUUGCAACCGAAGUUGAUCACGAGAAAAUGCGUGCAAUCGGAAUUCAAAAUUUGCUGAAAACGUUUUCCAAACAAAGAGAAUCGGAACAGCAACAAAUACAGAGUGAAAUAAUCGAAAAGAUGGUCGAGCUGGACAAACUAAAGAUAGAAUUUCAAUACCUGCAAAGAAUAGAAUCAGAGCAACAGGAAAUGAUUGAUAAUUUCUACCAGAACCAAUAAAAUGAAACAAUAAUACAAACAUAUUGCUUACAAUCUGCUUCAAAUCACAGCCUACCAAACAAA